UCUGGAUUAUUGUUCGACAUCCACAAAGAGGCUAUAAUUCAAAAAUUGUUUGACUUUUGCAGUUCCAUCAGCUGCGCUGAUGCGGCCACCUUUUUAAAUAAAACUUCGGUUGCUCUUUCUCUCUGCAAAUUUUACUGAAAAAGUAACCGAACACACUUAAUGUUUAGCAUAUUAAAGGUUGUGAACAUCUUUGUGCUUCGCAAACGACUCAUGGCUGUGUUUACUCAGGUGCGGAAUCCUAUGACAGGACAGAACGAAUGGGCAUCAAAUGACGAUGAGUACGAUUACCAUCAAGAAGUGGCUAAUGCUGGAUUCGGCGAUAUGCUUCACGAUAAAGAAAGGAAUGAAAAAUACUACCUAGCUUUAAGGAAAACUAUUUCAAAACUACAUGGCCAGGGCAAGGAAGCUCACGUCUUAGAUAUUGGCACGGGAACGGGCAUACUUUCGAUGAUGGCAGUUUGUUCCGGCGCUAAUUCAGUGACGGCUUGUGAAGCAUUUCUACCUAUGGCUAAUUGCGCUGAGACGAUUCUGGAGGCAAAUGGAAUGAAGAGCAAAGUACAUUUAAUCAAAAAGAGAUCAACAGACAUAAAAAUGGGUGAAGAUAUGAAAAGAAAAGCAAAUGUGUUGGUCAGCGAAGUACUGGAUACGGAAUUAAUAGGCGAAGGUGCUAUUGGUAUAUAUAAUCAUGCCCACGAUCACUUGUUGACUGACGAUGUCAUAUGUAUCCCUUCGAAGGCCAAUUGCUAUGCCCAAGUCAUUAGUUCUUCUCUGGCAGCGCAAUGGAAUUCGUUAAAGAUUUUACCAAAUUUAGAUGGCGAUGUUUUACUGCGACCACCGCCAGAAAUUGUCACUUGUAAAGGUGAAGCAAAUCUUCAUGAUGUUCAACUUUCACAAUUGCCUUUGGAUGCAUUUCGUCCUCUUGCUCCUCCAUUGGAAAUAUUUCAGUUUGACUUCGGUGGCAAAAAAUCUCGUGAAACAAAAAGGGAACGUGCUUUUGAAGUCAAGUCAUGCUCCGUGGGUAGCACUGACUUAGUAUUUUAUUGGUGGGAGAUUCUUAUGGAUAUUGAAGGUGACAUCAAACUAUCUUGUGCCCCUUUCUGGGCCCAUCCCGAUUUAAAAUAUCACGCUGCUAACACCAAUUCUGGCGAAAAACUAGCUAAUGUUCUACCCUGGAGGGAUCAUUGGAUGCAAGCGAUUUAUUAUUUACCGAAACCAUUAAACGUUCAACCUGGCGAAACAUUUUCAUUUAUUUGCAACCAUGACGAAUAUUCGUUAUGGUUUGAUGUUUUUCCCCAAGCCCACAAUCACAAGACAGGUGUGAAAAGACACGAGUGUUCUUGCUCCAUGCAUAUGACAUAUUCGAGAACGAGAAUUGGACAAAUGAAUCAAGCAGUGCGCAACAAGCGAUUUAUUCAAUACCUAGAGGAACGAAUAAAAAAUAAUAUGAAAGUCCUAGUUUUAGGUGAUGGUUGUCUGGUUGGAUUAGCUUGUAGUACGUUUGGUGCCGAAGUUUUUUUUCACGAACCUCAUCGUCAUUCGAGGCAUUUUAUGGAGAAAGUGGUUAAAUACAACCAACUUAAAGGUGUAACAUUUAUCGAAAAACUAGCUGAAUUGCCGGAGGACACAAUUCGCUCAAUUAACUGUGUAUUUUCGGAACCCUAUUUUUUAACGUCCAUUCUUCCUUGGGACAAUUUUUAUUUCGGGACAUUGCUGACGCAAAUAAGUAAAAAUUUUUCACAUUCUGUAGAAAUAUCGCCGCGCGCAGCUCGAAUUUUUUGUAUGCCGGUGGAGUUCUUAAAUCUGCAUAAAAUCCGAACUCCUGUAAAAGAAUGUGAAGGCUUCGACUUGAGAUUGUUUGACGCAAUGGUGGAGAAAUCAAUGUCUGUAGCGCAUGCUAAAGUGGAGGCUCAACCUUUGUGGGAAUAUCCCUGCAUUGCCCUGGCAAAACCGCAACUUUUAUUGGAAGUGGUGUUUAAAGAAUUUGAGAAAGACCAUGAUUCCAAAGGAAACAUUCCAAUUGAAUUUUCAUCUCGCUGUAACGGCAUCGCCUUAUGGGUGGAUUGGCUACUGGAUGAUACCAACUCGCCGAAGUCUACUGUCACCUCUGGGCCCCUUGAAGAUGUAGGGAUUGGACAAUUCGUGAGAUGGGAUAUGUUUGUAAGGCAGGGUGUCCAUUUGUUUAGUCAAUCACAUAAUGUAACGAGCAAUGAAAGCUUUGUGGAAUGGAAUGUCGAUUUUAAACCUAAGCAAGGAAUCCUCAACUUUCACUUCGAGGUGAAAACAAAUAAAUGAAAUCAAAAUAAAAGAUAAUUUUUUGAUGAAACUUUGUAUA